AUGGCCGACAACUCGCCUGAUUACAAGGCUCUCUUUCUGCAGGCAGAAGAGAGGCGCAAGCAGGAAGAAGAGAGGCGCAGGCAGGCAGAAGAUGAAGGAAGACGAGAGAAAGAGAGACGCAAGCAGGAAGAAGAGAGAAGGAAGCAGGCAGAAGAUGAAGGAAGACGAGAGAAAGAGAGGCGAAAGCAGGCAGAAGACGAAGGAGGUCGAGAGAAGGAGCGAACCCGACCGACUACUUUCAUGGAAUUAAUGCGCCUUUCUCACACCUCGCUCUCCCGACCGCUGAGAGUCGAGACACCAUCUCGCUCGACCAGCGGAAAAAUACCUCUGCCCACGAAAAAAUACUGCCCGAUACGGCUGGAACGUUGGGCCGAGUGCCCAGUGCAACUGUCAGACCUUUACAGGUCCGUUCAGAGGUAUCUCCAACCGACGCCAGGAGAGGUGCCGCGUCUGUUUACAUCUUUACAUGAGCUAGAAGGGUUAGGCCGGCGCCUGAAUCGCAAUCCCAUCAGCAGCGAGCAAGAACUCGAGGCUUAUGAGCGGUUCGCUGUGGAAGAGCACAUCAAUGAUAUAAUAACAGAAUUGUGCAAGAUACCCGCUGCUCGUGAAGAGUUUGGCCUAGGCGAUGGCAUUCAGUUCAGCAAUCAUACAAAUUCCUUGAACAAUUACGGUGCUAUUGAAGCAGAUGCAAGCCAACCAUCAAGUGUACACCAUCCAAGGCCUGAUCAAUUCUGUAUCCACCGUGUCGAUGGGCGCACCACCACUCUCCUCACAACCGUCGAGUAUAAGCCACCGCACAAGCUUCCCGUGGCAACCCUUCGGACAGGGCUUCGACCAAUGGACUUGUGGAAGGAGAUGGUCAAGUUGAAUAAAAUACCCACGGACGAGGACGCAAAGUUGAGGUAUAGUACAGAGCGCCUUGUCUGCUCUGCCAUUGUCCAAGAGUAUCAUGUGAUGAUACAAGAAGGGCUUCAAUACUCCUACGUGACCAACGGGAUUGCUCGGGUCCUCCUCCGUGUUUCGCAUGACGACCCUGCCACGCUUUACUACUUCUUUUGUGAUCCUAACAGCGAGGUGAAUCCAGAGAUCGAAGCUUCCUUCGAAAAUACCUCUGUUGCAAGAACGCUAUGUCUGUGUCUGAUGGCUUUUCGCUCGCCUGUGCGCGGUCAGGAGUGGAGGAAUUCCGCACGACCAGGUAUUCCUAUUUGGACGACCGGUUUUGAUCACACUCGCUCUCACAUUCCCAACGACGAACUCCAGCACCCUCUCACCUCCGAUAGCACCGCUCCAGAAUUUCCAAGCCCAGAUACCGGUUCGCCUUACGAACCGUCAUCAUCUCCGCCAGAUCCCCCCGAAUCAAUAACUCGUCGGGUCUCUACUAGAUCUCGAGUUAGCUGUGCCCCCAUCCGAUGGCCUGAUUUGAACCCAGCAACAGGCCGCAAACGAGCCUUCAGCCAAGUUCUGUCUUCUCCAUCUACCCAACACGUGGGCCGACAAAGGGACACAAAUAAUAAUAAAGGCCCGGACAACCAGUCCCGACACCGCGAUGCGCAAUUUUGCACCCAGCGAUGUUUACUCGGGUUGCAGUCUGGCGGCCUUCUAGAUGACUGUUGUCCAAAUGUGAUGCUCCAUCGUCGAAGCAAAGAUAACCUUCAUCAUCUGAUUACCUCGGAGGAUUUAGUGCGUUUACUAAAGGCACAAUUGGAUGAAAACAUUGACCGAUGUACACCCCUUGGAGGUUGCGGGGCGUACGGUGCGCCCUUCAAACUUACUUGUGUUGUAUAUGGCUACACCGUCAUUGGAAAAGGAACUACGUCGGCGCUGUGGAAAGAAGUCUCUCGCGAAGCGGAGGUAUACCGAAUUCUGCAAAAGGCGCAAGGGUCCGCUGUACCUGUUUUCCUGGGUACGAUCGACUUGGCGAAAAUUUAUUUCCUUCACGGGGCUGGCGAGAUUCGUCAUAUGCUCGUGAUGGCUUGGGGGGGAGAAAGUACGGCAUCGAUGGAGCUGACGCCUAAGCUUCUGCGGAGGAUUCGCCAAUCGAACAAGGAAAUCAGAGCUUUGGGAAUCAUUCACGAAGACCUUCGGCGUGACAAUGUUCUUUGGAAUGAAGAGCUUGGGCGGGCGAUGAUCAUCGACUUUCACCGCUCCACAUUGAAAUGUCAACCGACUUUGCAGCGGCCGCGAGCCUCAAAACGACGACUACGUCAACCAGAGAUAGUUGAUGCAAAACGUCUUCGCGUGAAGUGA